AUGCCAGAUCCAGUGGUCGACGACCCUCCUUACCUGAUCAUCUUGACGACAUAUAUCAGUUUCCUUGUCGUGAUAUUCCUUGGUCAUAUUCAGGACUUUUUCGCCCAGUGGUUUCACCCAAGCACAUAUCAGCAUCUUAGGCCUCAAAAUGGAUACGCUUCGCUAUAUGAUGACUUUGAGAGCUUCUAUACCAGGCGGAUGAAGCAGAGAAUCAACGACUGUUUUGAACGGCCUACGGCGGGUGUGUCUGGGAGACAUAUCGUCUUGCUCGACCGGACCACAGAAGAUAAUGUCAGGUUUCAACUUGUCGGUACGGCAACAAGCACGCUGAAUCUGAGUUCAUACAAUUACCUUGGUUUCGCACAGUCGGAGGGCCCUUGUGCAGACGCGAUAGAGGAGGCCAUCUGCCGAGACGGGAUAAGCAUGGCCGGGCCAUAUCGAGUGUCAACAAAGCUCCAUGUUGAAGUGGAAGAUCAGAUUGCGCGGUUCUUGGGCAAAGAGGCUCCAAUGGUCUUUUCGAUUGGAUUUGCCGCAAACUCCACGCUCUUCCCAUCCCUGGUGGAAAACGGAUGUUUGAUCCUGUCGGACGAGCUUAACCACGCCUCCAUCCGAUUUGGUGCUAGGCUAUCAGGAGCGGCCAUUGAGGUCUUUGCGCAUAAUAACAUGGCCAGUCUGGAGAACAAGCUUCGGGAAGCUGUAUCGCAAGGGCAGCCCCGAACGCAUCGUCCAUGGCAGAAAAUUCUAGUAACGGUUGAGGGACUGUUCUCAAUGGAGGGAACAAUGUGCAACCUCCCUCGAAUCCUGGAGCUGAAGAAGAAAUACAAGUUCCACCUCUUCAUAGACGAGGCACACUCUAUUGGAGCGAUAGGUAGCCAGGGACGUGGAUUCUGCGAUUAUUUCAAGGCAGACCCAGCCGAGGUCAACAUCUUGAUGGGCACCUUCACCAAGCCCUUUUGGGGCAAAUGGUGGUUAUGUGGCGGCCAGCAAGGAGAUCAUCGAUAA